AUGCUAGGCGUCACCACGGUUUCCUACAGAUUUAGCAUAAUGGGGGAGUACACUGAUACUUUACAGGCCAAAAGAGGGAUCCGACAGGGUGAUCCUCUAUCCCCUAUGCUCUUUGUCCUCAUGAUGGAGUACAUGAAUAGACUGCUGGUGAAAAUGCCGAAAGACCAAAAUUUCAACUACCAUACCAAAUGUGAGAGGCUGCAAAUCACAAACCUCACUUUUGCAGAUGAUGUUCUGCUGUUCUGUCGAGGAGAUGACAUGUCUUUGCAGCUGAUGUUAAAUACUUUCAAGAAGUUCUCCAAUUCCAUAGGUUUGAUAAUGAACCCUAACAAAUGCAAAUUAUACUAUGGGGGUUUAGAUAUUGUGAGCAGAGAGAAGUUGAAGGAUCUGUCGGGUUUCCAAGCUGGUACGCUGCCGUUCAAAUAUCUAGGCAUCCCUGUGUCAAGUAAGAAACUGACCAUUAACCACUUCUUGCCUCUGGUGGAUAAAAUUGUGGCUCGAAUUCAUCAUUGGUCAUCUAAACUCCUCAGCUAUGCCGGUAGAAUUCAGCUAGUCAAAAGUAUUGCGGCUGCAACAGUUCAAUACUGGAUGCAAUGCCUCCCUUUGCCUAAAGCUGUGAUCAGGAAAAUAGAUUCCAUUUGUCGUAGCUUCAUUUGGACCGGUAAGGAUUCUAUUAGCAGAAAGUGUCUCGUGGCUUGGAAUCGCACUUGCUGCCCGACAACUCAGGGUGGUUUAAAUUUGUUAAAUCUGCAGGUUUGGAACAAGGUGCUGCUCCUGAAGUGUCUUUGGAAUCUCUGCAGAAAAACUAAUAAUUUGUGGGUUAAAUGGAUCCAUACUCAUUACCUGAAGGAUAAAAGUGUGAUGAAUUACGAAACCAAAACUCACAACUCUUGGAUUAUGCGAGGUAUUUUGAAACAUCGAGACAAUAUGGGUGAAAUCCGGAAUGAUUGGGAUCAAAUCGUGAAUGCACAGAAGUUUAAAGUCUCGGUUCUUUAUAAGGUAAUGAUUGAUGAUGGCACAAGGGUUCAAUGGCGUAAUCUGGUGCAGUUCAACAAAGGGAGACCGCGUGCAGGUUUUUGUUUAUGGCAGGCUUGCCAUGGAAAGCUUGCGACCAAAGACAGGUUGAAACACUUUGGGAUGCUUGAGGACACCAGUUGUAACUUAUGUCAUUCCGAGGAAGAAACGAUGAAUCAUCUUUUUUUCUCUUGUCAAGUGACCAGUCACAUAUGGAUGGAAGUGCUCGAUUGA